AAUCACAGGAGAUUUUAAAAAAACAGAUAUGAAACCUUAGUAAUUCAAUUUUAUGGUUGCACAACCGACACUUCCUAAGGUCAGGACACAGCCAAGACUAAUUGCAAUCUAUUCCUCACAGAACGAUGGCAACAGCCACGUGCAGCCCUGAUGAGCCUCAGCCCAGAUGCAGACAAGAUCUCCAGGAGAUGCUGACAGAAGUGGGGCUGUCUGUUGACUACUGGCUGCCUAAGCUGCAGGAAGACUUGGGUGUGACCUGUGCUCAGGCCUUACAACACUUAGAAGAAAAAGACCUCCAGAAGCUGAAGUCUCAGACACAACACGCAUGGGAGGAAAAAGCUCUGGAAAAACUGCUUGACCUCUCACAGACAAACAAUGUUGCAGAGCUCCAGGAGACACCAGGGGAGAUGAUAAAGAGCAGGCAGAGGCAGGCAGGACAGGCACUGCAGGCGCUGAGAGCCUUGCAGUCAGAAGGGAAGCACAGACAGGAAGAGGCAGUGAGGAGAAAAGAAGCAGAGCUGAGGCAAGCAAUGGAGAUCCCUGAAGAGUGCUGGCUAAGGCCUGAAGUGUCCCUAGAAGAGGUCACUGACAUAAUGGAGAGGCAUCUCAGUCACAUGGAACAGACCCUCGCUCACAGUCAAAACCUCUCAGAUAGAGACCUGGUAAGACGGGCAUCUGGAGGGCUGGCCCUGCAGGGCAUUUAUAAGACCUGCCACCAAAAGAGCCUGGUAGCAAGGAGAGAAGAGCUACUUAAGGUCCCUAAGGAGUUCUCACUUGUUGGCCCAGAACAUGGCACAUGGACAGAAACAAAGGAAUUUUCAUCUUUUCAAGAACAAGCCAUAUUCACAGAGACUAUAGAGAAGCUCAGUUUCAGUUCACCAUCCUCGGUUAAAGGUGAAGUUUGGGGACUUAGUCUAGAAGCUGGUGUGGGUCAAAGCAAACACACAGAAUCUGAGGCUCUCCACCAAUUACAUUCAGAACAAUCUUACUUCUGCUUAGCCAAGUUCAGAUACAUACCACUGGCCACCUGCCGCUUUCACAUGAGUCAUCUUCAACUCUCCAACGCUGCUCUCCAGGAACUAAAAAAUAUUGAAGAGCUCCUGGAUCAGACUACACAUCCAGACGGAUUCCCCUUACUGAGGCACAGGGCUGAAAACUUUUUCCACAGGUUUGGCUCUCAUGCUAACCAAGGCCCAAUGCACCUGGGGGGCAUCUAUUGCUGGAAGGCCAUUUCAGAGGGUUUCAAAGGUGAACAGCUGGCUGAUGUAAAGCAGCAGGCAGAGGAGUCCUUGAAUAUUUACAUAAAGGGCAGCUAUAAUGGCUUUGGAGUUAAAGGUGGUGCAAGUGUAAAUAUCUCAGACUCACAUUCAAAAACAGCACAUUACAGUACAGCUCAUCAAAACUUUCAAAGAAAGGUGCAACUGUCUGUUGCCCAGAUAGGUGGACCAGCAGAAGCAGAUGGAAUUGCCCAGUGGACAGCUGGUCUUGUUGCUAGCAAUCAAACCUGGUCUGUCAUUGACCGGGAACUCCAGUUGGUGCCUAUUUGGGACAUCAUCCUCUCUAGCCACAGAAGUGAUUUUAAGGAUGCCCUUCAAGUGGCCAAUUACCUAAAAGAUAACUACAUGGCUCUGACUGGACUCGCUGCCCAGAUUCAGGAAGGAGAAGAAUUUCUUACUGCUGGAAAGGAAGCUAGGCUUUUCCUAGAGGAUGUGAAAUGCUGGGAAGUUUCUGAUCCUGAAGAACAGCUUAAUAAGUUGAUGGAGUUCAUGCAAACAUUAAGCCAAAAAACAAAAAGUUAUGACAUUUGGAUUAAUACAUGCCUCACAGAUUGUGAUCUGCAGAAUUUUCUAAUAAACACUGUCAACUUUUGCAGAAAUUCACCCACUUACAAAACUCAGUUUAUUAAAUCUCAGUUGUGCAGCCUUCUAGAACCUCAUGUCUACAAAGUGACAAAUUUUCCUCAGGCACACUCCAUCAUACAGUGGAUCAAUUGGUCAGAGUCAGAGGAAGAACAAUUCAAAAUCACCUCAUUUUCUGAAUUCAUUAAGACUUUAAGGAAAACCCACAAAACCCUGAUGGAAGUGAAUAUCAAAAAUGAGUCCCCAGAAACAGUAGAAGAAGCAAAGAGAAUGGCUACAUAUGAGGUCACCACAGCUCUUGGAUCCUUCUUGAUGUACCUCAGAGAAACAGAGCAGCCAGACUUGGAGCUACUGCUACUUUCCAUUGCAGCUGGUGCAGGCUAUCAGUUGGAAAACAAUAUUUUUCAGCAUCUUCUGGGCUGUAAUGAGUUGAACUUCCUCUUGGAUCAAGUGCAAAGUAACCAAGACAAAUACAAAGAGCUUAAAACUAUUUGCAGUUACAGAGCCCAGGCAUUCCUGGUGCUCAUAGCAUUAAGAGCCACAGUUGAAAUCACAGAUAUUUCUACAGAAGAGAAAAGACAACGUUUGAUGUUAGUAAGACAACAUAUAGGACAAUCGUUGUCUGAAGAGGUUGUACAUAUCCUCACAAAACAUGGAACACACCAUGAUUGGGAGAAUCUGGAGAAUGAUUUGAGAUUUCUCAUUGAUGGGGACUAUAAAGCCACCAUCCCUUCUUUCCAAAUGGAUGAGGUAAAAAAACAAUUGCAAAGUCUCUGCCAUGAAAAGGAAGAGACUAAUGAACACCAAAGUAAUGAAAACAACACAAAGGAAAUGAUAAAAAAGGGACCUUUCCUGGAUUUACUCCAGCGUCUAGGCCUAGAACAUCACUAUCCAAAAAGAAUGAGCAGAGCUGACUUCCAUCUGAUCUACAAGACUUCUGUGUACAACACACUGCCAAGAUCUGAACAGGAGCUUCCGUUCUAUUUCCUUCAAAAGCUACUGAUGUUAGAUUAUGGGUUGAGACAUCUUAUCUUCAAAGAUGAGGAAAACAUAGAAAACCAGAUCUCUGAAUGUUCUUCCAAUCAUGAAAAUGAAGACUUUGAUCCAUAUGAAGAUAUCAUUAAAGAUGAUGACAGUCUUAUCUGUCCUUCAGCCACUGAGUCCCAGCCCCACAUUCACCCAAUGGAUAUCCAGAUGGCCAUUUUUCACUGUACAGAUCAUCUUACCAGGCAAUAUAUUUUGUCCAAACUUUCCAUUUGCCAAUAUGCACUCCCCCUUGUGGUGCCAAAUCCCAACACUUCUCAAAUAGAAUUCUCUCUCUGGUCCCUCAGACAAAUUAGGAGAAGUUGGCAAAAUGCAAGUAAAUCUCCACAGGAAAAGAGCUACAGCCACAAGGAUCAGCAGAUGUGCCGUGUCUCUACCCCCAUUGUGUCCUUCAUUAGAGUUGGAAAUGGCCUCUCUGCUUCCAAAUCUCAGAUCAUGAACUCUCUCCUCAGUAAACGUAAACAUGAUGUAUUUUUUCACAGACACUGCAGAGGAAGCAACAAGCACUGUCUCCUGAUGGAAGGAGUGGUGGAGAUCUGCUGGUUCUGCCCUGGGGGCCAAGGUGAGGACAUAUUUGACAAGUGCCUGACCUUUACCAAUCUUCAUGGAGAUGCCAAGGAACAUAGCCAACAACUCAGCUUCCUGCAGGAUGUCUCUUCUCUCAUUGUGAUCCUCAUGUCAGCUUCUGAUGACAAUAAAGAAAACCAACAACUUGUCAGACAUCUCUGUCAGUCAUCAAGACCUUUGAUCUGUUUGAUUGAUGACAAAGAAAAGGCUGUAGCAAAUAAUUCUGGUAAAAGAAUGAGAAUCGGCAUCAGGAAUAGAAAUGAGGCAGAAUUGACAGAGGAGCUCACAAAUGGCAUCAAACACUUUCUAGAGCUCUCUGGUACUGCUCUCAGCUUAGAGGACUGUUCACAGAUGGCUAGAAAACAGGGCUUCCUUGUUGAUGAAGACCAGAGAGACUGCAAGGAAGCCAAAGAAAAGGCACAGACUAUAAUGGCCCUCCUGGAGGAAUGCAAGUUAUCUCAGACAAAAGAAUAUUUACUACCCCUUCAAGGACAACUUUGGCAUCUCUGGUGUAAGAAGGACAAAGAAUUCUAUCACCUGAGAGAAAAGGGGAAUCGGAGCAUUGAACAACACAAGAGUGAGAUAGAGACAGAUAAAAGAAUAAUUCGAUGUCGGCAGUUGGAAAAAGCCUUUCCUCUCAAUGAUUUAAUGCGCUCUGUUCUUGAACUUCUCCAAGAAUAUUCAGAAACUCGUAACAAACUCUACUUUUUGCAGUGGCUGGCUCUGUUUUUUGACAACCUGACUAUCGAACACCUGGAAAAGUUGCAUGAAAAGCAGAGGUCUUUGUGGCUAAUGGUACAAAGAGAAAAGCAAAGAGCACAGAAAAGCAACUCCCUGACACUUUGGCAGAAGCAGAUAGAAGCCAUCUCUACGGAGAUUCAUGACUGUACACUAGGAAUUGAGCACCUUCUCCGAGAAGUUGGCCAGAUCUAUGAAGCUCUGGAAGAAACUUCUUCCUCUAGAGAUAGCCUUUUUCUCUGCCUCCCUCAAAUUGCUGCAGACCUGAUGAUAGCUGGUGUUCCCAUUGAGCUGAUGGAUGGGGAUGCUUCCUAUGUGCCUCUGAAGUGGGUGGCAGCUAUUUUUGAUAAGAUCUCAGAGAAAGUUGGAGACAAAAGGCUGUUUGUUCUCUCUGUCCUUGGCCUGCAGAGCUCAGGGAAGUCUACCCUGCUGAAUGCACUGUUUGGGCUGCAGUUCACAGUCAGUGCAGGCAGGUGUACCAAGGGGGCCUACAUGCAGCUGCUGAAGGUGGAAGACACAUUCACAGAAGAACUUGGCUUUGAUUUUAUGCUUGUUGUUGACACAGAAGGACUUCGGGCUCCAGAACUCAACAACAAAUGCCAGAAUUGGGACAAUGAGUUGGCAACCUUUGUGAUUGGCCUUGGAAACUUGACUCUGAUCAAUAUUUUUGGAGAGAAUCCAUCUGAGAUACAAGACAUCCUACAAAUAGCUGUCCAAGCUUUUCUAAGGAUGAAACAAGUGAAAAUCUCCCCCAGUUGCCUCUUUGUCCAUCAAAAUGUGGGAGAAAUUACAGCUAAAGACCAAAAUAUGGAGGGACGAAGGCAAUUGGAGCAGAGACUGGAUGAAAUGGCAGUAACAGCUGCAGAACAAGAAGAGUGCUCAAAUGUAUCUCACUUCAGUGAUGUCAUUAAGUUUGAUGCCAAUAGUCAUGUUUACUACUUUGCUCACCUCUGGGAUGGCAAUCCCCCAAUGGCCCCUCCUAAUCCUCGUUAUAGCCACAAUGUCCAGGAACUAAAGAGUAGAAUUAUUUUGACUGCCAAACAGGAAGCCAGAGGAAGCAUCAUGAAGAUCUCAGAUGUCAAAUUUCGAGUUCAAGAUUUGUGGAAGGCCCUAGUCAAUGAGAACUUUAUUUUCAGCUUCAGGAACACCAAAGAAAUCAUGGCCAUGAGCAAGCUGGAAACCAUGUAUAACCACUGGACCUGGGAGCUGAGGAGUCACAUGUUGGACUUUCAGAACCAGCUGAUAAAUCAGAUUCAGAAUGGGAAAGUUCAGGUACUCAAAACAAGCAUAUUUGAGGCUCCCGUCACAGAAAAGUAUAAAGCCAUUAAGCAAGAACUUGAAAAAUAUUUUGAUGAAGACCCAGACAAUGAAAUACUGAUUCAAUGGAAAUCAAAUUUUGAAAAUAAGCUAAUAAUCCUUAAAGAGGCACUUAUUUCAGACACCAGAAGAAAAGCUAAUGAACUUAUUCAAUUUAAGAAAAAUCAAGAAAGGCUGGAUAAGAGAAAGUCAAGCUAUGAAAAUGAAUUAUUGGAAAGGAGCAGAAAGUUGGCUUUAACUAUAAAAGAUAAAGAAUUAAAUGAAGAAGAGUUACAUGAAAAAUUCAAUCCACUCUGGAAAAAAUGGGUCUGUGAUGUGUCCUCAGAUCUUCCUCCAGUCAUAGAACCUGACAUUGACACAGAGUCUGAAAACAUCCUUUGGGAAUAUUUCCCAAAGGAGAUAAACAUGGUAGACAUACUAAUGAGAAAUUCAGAAGAAAAAUUUCAUAUAAAUUAUGAUGAGCAUGUAAAAAUGAGCAAGAAAUACAGCUUCAUGACUCGGACAUUAAAGGCCUGGGAUAGGGAAUCCAUUAAUAUGACUACUGAAAAAAUUAUUACAAGAUUUAAUGAAACUAUAAACAAUAUUCAAAAAAAGCAGUGUGAUUAUAAUACAAGUUAUUUCCAUGAAAUCCUGAGGGUAAUAGAAGAAGAAGUGAAAUCUGCACCUACUGAGGAAAGAUACACAUUUACAAGCAAAUACGUCAUUGACUUAUCUGUAUGCUUAUUUCGAAGAGCAUCCAAGAGUUUCAAGGAAAUGCACAAGGCAUUCAAAAGAGCAAAUGACCCUGUGAACUAUCUGGAGAGGAAGAAAGAUGAUUUCUUUAUGAGCUUUAAGAUCUCCUGCCAAGGUGCCACCUCCAUCAAAACAUUUGUUGAUUUUCUUUGGCACAAACUCACCCCUGCUAUCUCUGCCACCAUAAGAGAGAAAAUGGUCAUUAAAAUUGCUGGAGCCAUGCGAGCUAGCUGCCCCGAAUUCAAUGGGAAUAGGGCUAACCUGGAGAAACACAUUCUCAUCUCUCUGGCAGAGGAAGAAAACUUUGAUAAUUACUGGCAGUACCUUCACCACACAAAAUCUUUUUUCAGCAGCUAUAUUGAAAACCAUAUUAAACAAUACUGUUCAUGUGAAGGAAGUAAAAACAUAAAGACUUUUUUAAAAAUGAGUUUAGGUGACAUCAAGAAUGCCAUCCUCACUGCCAUUCAUGAGUCCACGGCAGUAGCUAAAGAUAAAGGCAGCACCGCAUCUGGUUGGCUGGAUUUGUUCUGUGAUCACCUCGGGAGCAACCUGAUCUUCCCAAGAAGAGACCUGAUAAGCAUUGAGCACCAGGAGAUAAAAGAUACUGAGUUUCUCAAAGAAGCCAUGAGUGCAGCUUUGGAUCCUGCAAUGAGGAAAGUAGAAGAGGACUGUUCAAGUAAGCCCAUAGACGAAAUGGUUCCUGACAUUGAGAAAAUUCUCUCUGAACAUCUCUGUGGCUGCUGGAAACAAUGUCCUUUGUGUAAUGCAAUUUGUACAAACACCAUUCCCCAACAUGACGGAGACCACAGUGUGCCGUUCCACCGUCCUCAGGCUGUCAGUGGAUGGCAUAAGCAUAAAACAGACCACUUUGUCAUUGAUUGCUGCACUAGUUCAGUAGCAAGUGAUCGCUACAUACUUUUGGGAAAUAGCCGGGAAAUCCCAUAUAAGAACUAUCGGCUGGCAGGAGAGGAUUACGCCACAUGGAGCAUCACCCCAGAUUCAUCUACCCAGUCAUACUGGAAAUGGUUUGUCUCACACUUCAGAUCAGAACUAGAGGAAAAAUACCAGAAAAAAUUUACAGAUACAGGUAAAAUCCCAGAGGCAUGGGCCAAAAUCACAAAGGAGGAUGUACUCAAUGACUUAAAAGAACAAUAAUAUUCAAUGAGCAAUCCAAUAUUAGAUAGAAAGAGUCACAGCAUACCUAAGUAAACCUAAAACUACUCCUCCUAUCAAAAGUCUCCAAUAUUUGCAUUUUGUGAUAAAAUGUGUAAAAGCUUGAAGCUUUCCUAUAAAAUAUCUUUAAAUCCCUUUGUCUCAAAGAUGGCCUAGAAAUUAUGAGCAGGUGCUGUUCCUGUAGAGGAUAAUCAUAACACAAGAAAAUCAAUUACUAGCAUAUGUGGAUGUAUGAUAAAAU